CAUUUUCAACUAAACUUUUGAUUUCACCACCAAGUUUAAAAGACUGGGCGUUGCGUGGGGGAGGAAAACUGCCGAAGCGCAUCGUCCCCGGUAAAUAAUAAUGAAGUUCUUGAUCUCUCUUCUUCUCCUGAUCUUAGGGUUGGUCAACAAAAUCAACGGCCAGGAUGAGUUCGUGGUUCAGGAAGCCACAAUCGACGGCAUCCAACGCGCCUUAUCCGAGAACAGGCUCACCUCCCGGCAACUCGUCGACUUCUACUUGGACCAGAUCGAAACCGUAAAUCCGGUGCUCCGCGGCGUGAUAGAGGUGAAUCCGGAGGCGCGCGAUAUUGCGGACGCCGCCGACCGGGACAGGGAGAGGAGAAACCGGGACCGGCGGCCGGUGGAGAAGCUUCACGGCAUCCCGGUGCUGCUCAAGGACAGCAUAGCUACGAAGGACAAACUCAACACCACCGUCGGAUCGUACGCGUUGCUCGGAUCCGAGGUCGCUCGCGAUGCGACGGUGGUGGAGAGGUUGAGGAAAGCCGGCGCCAUAAUCAUGGGCAAAGCCAGUGCUAAUGAGUGGUAUGGCCUUCGGUCGAUCGACAUUCCUGAUGGUUGGUGUGCCAGAAGUGGCCAGGGCCGGAAUCCUUACGUGCUAUCGGGGAGUCCAUGUGGUUCCAGCAGCGGAUCAGCUAUAUCAGUAGCUGCAAAUAUGGUGACAGUAUCACUGGGGACUGAGACUGAUGGCUCCAUCUUAUGUCCUGCCGAUUGCAACUCUGUUGUAGGAAUCAAACCCACUGUUGGACUCACCAGCCGGGCUGGCGUUAUUCCCAUUUCACCUCGACAGGACACAGUUGGGCCCAUAUCUAGGACAGUAUCAGAUGCAGUUUAUGUGCUCGACACAAUUGCUGGCUUUGAUCCAAGAGAUUUUGAGGCAACAAAAGAGGCAGCCAAGUUCAUACCCAAAGGGGGUUAUAAACAAUUCCUGAACAAGGAUGGACUCAAAGGAAAGAGGUUGGGUGUGGUGAGGAAUCCUUUUUUGGCCCAUCUGAAUAAAUCCACAGCUGUUCCAACCUUUGAGCAUCAUCUAAACACAUUAAGGCAAAGUGGUGCAACCGUAGUGGAUGAUCUGGAGAUUGCAAAUGUUGAUGUCAUUUUGGAUCCAUAUCAAAGUGGUGAAGAAGUGGUUCUUCUAGCCGAGUUCAAGCUGGCCUUAAAUGAUUAUCUGAAAGAGCUAAUCACAUCGCCGGUGCGAUCACUAUCCGAUGUCAUUGCCUUCAACGACAAUAACCCCGACCUGGAGGACACGAGAGAAUAUGGUCAAGAGGUCCUUAUAGCUGCAGAAAUGACGAAUGGGAUCGGUGAAGAAGAGAGGCAGGCAAUAGAGAUGUUGCAGAAUCUGUCACAGGAAGGCAUCGAGAAACUAAUGAAUGAAAAUGAGUUAGAUGCAGUGUUGACGCCGGGGUGGGAGGUUUCCCCUGUGCUGGCCAUCGGAGGGUACCCGGCAAUAUCAGUUCCGGCCGGAUACGACAGCGAUGGAAUGCCAUUUGGGAUCUGUUUUGGAGGUUUGAAGGGCUCAGAGCCGCAGCUGAUUGAGAUUGCCUACGCUUUUGAACAGGCCACCAUGGUUCGAAGGCCUCCUCCUCGCUUUUCCUGUCCCUCACCAUUUUUGGAAAAGCUUUCAAAGGUCGUUUGAUGGGAUGUAAAAUGUUCUCUCUUGUAGAAUUGUUAUCCAUUUCAGAAGGUUUUUGGAUCUAUACUUUGUUGUGUUAAUAUGCACUUAUACCUAUAGCUAUCAAUUAGUUAAUAGGUCUUUUUAUUUA